AAACACACCCAAUAAACACGAAAAUUACACGUGGAUGGCCCCGAAGACUUGAAACGGAAAGAACAAUGGCAGAGUCAACUGCUUCCAACUAAAGUUAUUAUUUUUACGUCAAUCUUCAAAUCAAACAUUUGGGAAAUGCUUCGCCGCAGCCAUACCCUGAAUCGUUGGAACGAAAUUCCUAUUCGACUUCCCUCAAGGGAUUGAUUGCAUCCAUCUACUGUGGAGUAUUUAUUGCUGCUGUGAUUGGUUCGUCGGAAGGAUGAGCAGCGCGGAGCCGUUGGUGGGCUAUGAACCUGCGGAGCUGAAUUUUUCUCUUGAGCUGAACAAACAGUUGUCGUCUUCGAUUCGACUGUGGAAUAGAACUGACAGUCAUGUGGUUUAUAAGCUUUUGACUACAAAUCCUCGAAAAUAUGGCGUCCGGUCGAAAGUUGGGGUUCUUCCGCCGCGAUCAUAUUGCGACAUCAGAGUGACAACACGACCUGUGAAGGAAGCUCCAUGCUGUAUGAGGAGCAAGGAUAGGUUCAUGAUUCGAAGUGCAAUUGCAAGUCCUGGCACUACUGCUGAGGAUGCUCAGAACAUGUUCAAGAAUGGGGCAGGGGAUGCUUUUCCAGUAAGCAAACUCCGAGUCGCUUACAGUUGGCCCGAUUCUUCUUCUGUAUCUUCGGAAGUAAAUAAUGUCCCUAAUCUGCCACAGGUGACUACUCCUGAUAUAGAACCGGCUGACAAUGGCGCAGAAGUGACUAUUCCUGAUAUGGGACCAGAUGACAAUGUUGCACAACAGAAUAGCCCAAUGAAGCUUCUAGAAUUUCAACCUCCAGAACUCAAAAUUCAUUCAGUAAAUCAAGAAAAGGACAGCUCUUGCUUGCUUCAAUUGUCCAAUUCCACGACGGACCAUGUUGCAUUCAGGGUAGGUUUCUAUUGUUUGAGGAAAAGAAUUCAAUCCAAAAAUGGUGUAUCGAGCCAUGUCACAUGUGUUUACCCUUUUAUUGACUUAGUUUGAUUAAUUAUCUGUGUU